CGCGGGGUUUGGUGCGGAGCGGUCCGCUGCAGUGGAUGGGAACGUUGUUGCAUGAGUAACUCUCGCUGUUAGUCAGUCUGAAUAUCAACGAGUGGCGUGCUAGAGUCGUGUGCACCGUGGUUUAUAGCUAACACGUUGUGGCGGCCAGCUGGACGAUGCGAGUGCUCUGUCGACGCAACUUCAAGUGGCUGCUGCUGCUGGCCACUGCCUGGUGCUUCGGCAUCGUCUACUACGUUCACGUCAAGUCGUCCGAGCCCCAGGGGGGCGUGAACCGGGCCCUGCGGCUCAAGUCGGCACCGACCGACGUGACGGUCGGUCGCCGGCCGCGCGCGCCGCUCUUCGACGAGCAGCGCUACGUGCUGGGCGGCGCGCUCAGGCCCGGCGAGGACCCGUACAAGCGCAACAAGUUCAACCAGAAGGUCAGCGACGGCCUGGCCAGCGACCGCACCAUCCCCGACACCAGGAGCGAGGCCUGUCGGAGCCGCACGUGGCGGCAGGACCUGCCGGCCACCAGCGUCAUCAUCACGUACCACAACGAGGCGCGCUCCACCCUGCUGCGCACGGUCGUCAGUGUGCUGAACCGCAGCCCCGAACACCUCAUCAAGGAGAUCAUCCUGGUGGACGACUUCAGCGACGCACCUGAGGACGGCAUAGAACUGGAGAAAAUAGACAAAGUCAAAGUGCUACGCAACGACAAACGUGAAGGCCUGAUGCGCUCCCGCGUGAAGGGAGCCGACGCGGCCACGGCUCCGAUUCUGACCUUCCUCGACUCUCACUGCGAGUGCAACGAGAACUGGCUGGAGCCAAUGCUGGAGCGCGUGGCGGAGGACCGGUCGCGCGUGGUCUGCCCCAUCAUCGACGUCAUCUCGAUGGACAGCUUCCAGUACAUCGGCGCGUCGGCCGACCUGCGCGGCGGCUUCGACUGGAACCUGGUCUUCAAGUGGGAGUACAUGACCGAAUCGGAGCGCAACCUUCACCGCGCCGACCCCACUCUGCCCAUCAAGACGCCGAUGAUCGCCGGCGGCCUCUUCGUCAUGGACAAGGCCUGGUUCGAGAAGCUGGGCCGCUACGACAUGAAGAUGGAAGUGUGGGGCGGUGAGAACCUCGAGUUUUCGUUCCGAGUGUGGCAGUGCGGCGGCUCUCUGGAGAUCAUCCCGUGCAGCCGGGUGGGCCACGUCUUCAGGAAGCAGCACCCGUACACCUUCCCCGGCGGCAGCGGCCAGGUGUUUGCCAAGAACACGCGGCGCGCCGCCGAAGUGUGGAUGGACGACUACAAGAAGUAUUACUACGCUGCGGUGCCCCUCUCCCGCAACGUGCCGUUCGGCAGUAUCCGAGAGCGGGACGACCUGAAGCGGCGGCUCCAGUGCCACCCGUUCCAGUGGUACCUGGAGAACGUCUACCCCGAGCUCAAGGUCCCAGACGUGGGCGAUAUGGCGUUCGGCUCCAUUCAGCAGGGCCACAUGUGUAUCGACACACUGGGACACAUCAUCAACGGCACAGUUGGCCUCUACUCGUGCCACAACGGCGGCGGUAACCAGGACUGGUCGUACACGAAAGAGCAGACGAUCCGACACCGUGACCUCUGCAUGACCUUGCUGGAGGGCACGCCGGGCACGCCCGUGCUGCUGCAGCGCUGCAAAGGCCACCAUAACCAGAGGUGGGAGCGACUGGACGGCUCCAUACGACACGUGCUGUACGGCCUGUGCGCCGACUCGGGCCUGCCCGCCUCGCGCGGCGUGGCGGCGCAGCAAUGCGACAGCUCCGCCCACACGCAACUCUGGCGCUUCACAGUCAACCAGAUCUGACCGGCCGGUCACGCUCCGCUGGCGGAGGGUCACGGACCAGUCACGGACCAGUCACGGACCAGUCACGGACCAGUUACGGACCCCGGUGGGCGGCGUAGUAGGGACUCGGUUGUCGCUGUGGCGUGACUCAGUGGCGGCUCGGUCGGACUCAUGGAUGGCUGGCGGCUCAGUGAGUGUUGACUCGACCACGCCGUAGUCGCCGCUGAGUCACCUCCUCGUCUUGGCGCAGUCACGACACCGCGGUCAAGUCAUCACCUCCCGGCGCAGUCGUGUAGCUCAGUCACAGCUCAGUUAAGAUGAGUCGUAGCCCAGCCACGGGGUGCGGUCGCGGCUCGGCCACGGCCCAGCAGCGCUUUCAGAGCAUGUGAUAGCCCGCCCGGCGCUAUUUCUGGUGGCAGGCCGCUAGAUGUCACUGGUGAAUCAACGGCACAAGGGAUCGCCAGAGCACAUGUGACAGGGAAAUCGUGGAUCGCGGAGGCCACACGGCUGGCUGUGCCUCGGAUUCAGCGCUGAGCGGACAGGUUCGCCAUUGUGGAGAUUGUCCGACGCAUCAUGACAUCUGUGUCGGUGGGUCGUCACUAGAUGUCACUAGUGCGGCCGACGGCUCGCUGCGUUGGAGGCUCAUAUCAUGGCGCCCGGUAGAUAUCAGAGGUGUGUGGUGAUCAGGGUUAGUGUGGGAUGUUGUCGUCGGAUGGCAAUAUUUGUGGUUCAUGUGGUUCGUGGAGCGAUUGGCUCUGUGCCAGACCUAGCAGCCAAAACUGGGGGGAUCGAAGCACGCGGAUGUCGGGUAUUGCGUUGCUGCGCGUAAUUCCCGCGAAGUUUUCAAAUUGCGAGAGACGCACUUGUGCAGUGUCGUACGGUGUUGAGUGUCUCACACUUUAAGGACCUCGCACGCAAUGAGCCGUAACUUAAACUGCACGGUACUUUACGCUCCUAGAUCCCCCCAGCUAUAGGCAUGCCUAAGUUUUUGAUGAUGCUGGGGAGGCUGAGUCGGUAGAGGAGAAAAUGGUGCGUUUGAAUGCGCUUGGAACUCGAUGACGUGGCCGUCGAUGCGAUGAAUUUGCUGACGAAAACUGUGCGCGGUUAGAUUACGAACGAGCAACGGUGACUGGUGUGGAACGCGUCAGCUGUUUUAGAACAAACAAUCGUUAUACAAUUUACGUGAAACGCAGGUACCACACGCAUGCAACAAUCCAUAUGUGUAAAUAUUUACUUGGAAGAAUUAUUUUCAGCCGAUGGCGCUUUUGAGUGUUUCGUUGUCUCCUUGGCUUCGCAGGCCCGUGUAACGAGUCGGCAGUCUCUGAAGCCUAGCGUUCUGUAAUUUAUUUUGCCUGUGAUAGUUUUCUGUGCGCAGUUCCUGAAGCACGCUUGUUGCCUGGCUGUCUGGCCAAGUGCUGUUUAGACGACUUGCAAGGCGCCCAACGUGAGAAAACUGCUUUGCCAAUGAUUGUCAGGAAUGAGACCGAACUGCUGGCAUAAGUGGCAGUCAUUUUACGGGGAACCAGUAUCUAUUUACACCGUCAAUGAUGUCGUCUCUGUUUUCGUACAUUUUCUAUGAUUGUUUUUGUACACUGUUCUGAUGGAAUUUGCCUGCGUGUGUUUUUCGACAUGGGAUGUUUCUCACUGGUGGACGGAACACGCUAUGUCGGUUGUUGCCUGUGACCCGACUCAUUCCUGUCUUGCUACCGCCAGUCCUGUUUCUGUGAAACCAAGGACUCUUCCACCUUUGGACUCGGUGUGACGCGAAGAUUACCUGGGCUCAUGUGGCCACUCGCACGUUUCAUACAAAUACAUCGGAUACUAGCGU